CCCCUGCUAUUGCAGGCUUUCAUAAGCUACGGUAACCGCUUAUCAUCAGGUUGGCCGUAUGCUUCUUUGCCAACUCAGUGUUAUAAAAAAAGUUCUUCAUCCUGCAUAAACUUAUCCACGGAUCAAUAUAGAUUACAUUCUAAAUUCAAUGCGGAUUACUUUAAGCUUUUUAGUGUGUUAAUUCGCGUCGCAGGCGCCGGCCAUCGACCUGCGCACGCGCAUUGUUAUUUAUAUAUUAUAUAUCAUAAUUUUUUAAAUAUGUUUAGAUAUAUUUCUGUAUUUUUAUUGGCAUUAGCCACGGCUCUGAGUCAGGUGCCAUAUGAUUACUACCACGUGCUACACCUGCCUCACGAUCCACCCCUAUAUCCGGUGUUAGAGAAAGCACCGCCAACAGAAUUCACAUGCGCCGGAAGGACGAGGGGAUAUUAUGCUGACGUUCAUACCGGUUGUCAGGUAUACCACUUCUGUUGGAGACAUCGUCUAGUCAGUACAGACCUCUGUGCUAAUGGUACUCUCUUCAACGAACAGUUCCAAGUCUGCGAUCAUUUCUACAACGUGAGAUGCGGUUCGCCUUACAUUGAUUUAUAGGUCGAAAUAUGAAGCCUUACAUUACGUAAGUACAAG